CUAUAGAUAGUAUCUAUAGUCACUGAUUGUAUGCCACAAUUAGAAUGUGAUACAGAGGAUUCUGUUUCAGUUUAAAAUAUAAAUAACAAAUACAAACCUUACAAAUUUACUAUCAUAUAAAAAAAAUUCGAGUUAGACAAAUUUUUUCACAGUUUAACAACGUUAUUAUUCGAUAAUGGGUCCUCCUAAACGUUUUAAAAAAGAUAAUGAUAGGGGUAAAUGGAAAAAACGAAAAGAAGAUCUUGAAGAAUUCAAUGAUGAUGAUUCCUUAGAUGAUAAUGAAGCAUCAGGUAUUCCUGAUGCAGCGAAAAAUGAUGUCGAGAAACAAGAUGAAACUGCAUUGGAAGAUGAAUUUGGCGCAAAGGAUUAUCGUUCACAAAUGGUUCUGAAACCUGAUUGUGCUUCAAGACCUCUUUGGGUGGCACCAAAUGGACAUAUCUUUUUAGAAUCCUUUUCACCAGUAUAUAAACAUGCUCAUGAUUUCUUAAUUGCUAUCUCAGAACCUGUAUGCCGGCCAGAACAUAUUCAUGAGUACAAACUAACUGCUUAUUCAUUAUAUGCUGCUGUUAGCGUUGGUCUUCAAACACAUGACAUAAUAGAAUAUUUAAAAAGACUUAGUAAAACUAGUAUUCCUGAUGGUAUUAUAAAAUUUAUUAAAUUAUGUACAUUAUCGUAUGGCAAGGUAAAACUGGUAUUGAAGCAUAAUAAAUAUUUUGUUGAAUCUCCAUAUCCAGAAGUAUUACAAAAGUUAUUAAAGGAUCCAAAGAUACAAGAAUGUAGAUUAAAAAAGAGUGUAGAAAAUGAGAAAGAGGAAAUAAUUACAAAUGUUCAAAGUAAAACAAAAGUUCUACAGUUUGGGGCAAAAGCAAUGACCAAUGUUCCACCUGGAACUACCAAAAUAACUGAAACAUCUAAUGAUCAAGUUCCAGCAGAAACAGCAACUGUUCCCGAAGAUAUAUCUACUUUCUAUGACAAAAUGGAUAAAGAGGAUGAAGAGGAAGAAGAAGAACAAGAAUUAAAAACAGUCAGUUUUGAAGUAAAUCAGGAAAAAAUUGAAGUUAUACAAAAGAGAUGUAUAGAGUUAGAACAUCCAUUGUUAGCAGAAUAUGAUUUCCGCAAUGAUAGUGUAAAUCCUGAUAUCAAUAUUGAUUUAAAACCAUCAGCUGUAUUAAGACCAUAUCAGGAGAAGAGUUUAAGAAAAAUGUUUGGUAAUGGACGUGCCAGAUCUGGUGUUAUAGUAUUACCUUGUGGUGCCGGUAAAAGUUUAGUAGGAGUGACAGCUUGUUGUACAGUUCGGAAACGUGCAUUGGUAUUAUGUAAUUCCGGAGUGUCGGUAGAACAAUGGAAACAACAAUUUAAAAUGUGGUCGACCGCGGACGAUUCGAUGAUAUGCCGAUUUACAAGCGAAGCUAAAGACAAACCCAUGGGCUGUGAAAUUUUAAUCACUACAUACUCUAUGAUUACGCAUACACAAAAGCGUUCAUGGGAAGCUGAACAAACUAUGCGAUGGCUUCAAGAACAAGAAUGGGGAAUAAUGGUUUUGGAUGAGGUCCACACAAUUCCAGCAAAAAUGUUCAGAAGGGUCUUAACUAUUGUUCAGUCUCAUUGUAAAUUGGGUUUGACCGCAACGUUAUUACGAGAAGAUGACAAGAUUGCUGAUCUCAAUUUUCUGAUUGGUCCUAAAUUGUACGAAGCCAACUGGUUGGAAUUACAAAAGAGAGGCUUUAUUGCAAGGGUACAGUGUGCUGAAGUUUGGUGUCCUAUGACGCCAGAAUUUUAUAGGGAAUAUCUUGGUUGCAAAAUGAGUAAAAAACUGUUGCUUUACGUAAUGAAUCCUAACAAAUUUCGUUGCUGCCAAUAUUUGAUACGGUACCACGAAAGGCGAGGUGAUAAAACGAUUGUUUUCUCGGAUAACGUUUUUGCUUUAAAACAUUAUGCUAUUAAGAUGAAUAAACCAUAUAUUUAUGGUCCAACUAGUCAAAGUGAACGAAUACAAAUUUUGCAAAAUUUCAAAUUUAAUACCAAAGUAAAUACGAUAUUCGUGAGUAAAGUGGCUGACACUUCCUUCGAUUUACCGGAAGCAAAUGUAUUAAUUCAAAUAUCCUCACACGGUGGUUCAAGAAGACAAGAAGCACAACGAUUGGGACGUAUUUUAAGAGCUAAGAAAGGCGCUAUUGCGGAAGAGUACAAUGCAUUUUUCUAUACCUUAGUAUCACAAGACACAAUGGAAAUGAAUUAUUCAAGAAAGCGUCAACGUUUCCUUGUGAAUCAAGGAUACGCUUAUAAAGUGAUCACGAAACUUGCAGGAAUGGAUGAAGAACCAGACUUGAUGUAUACAUCAAGGGAAGAACAGGGUCAUUUAUUGCAACAAGUUCUGUCUGCUAGCGACAUGGAUGCAGAUGAGGAAAGGAUACCGGGUGAAGGACCAAGACCAAUUAUACGUAAAGCUGGAAACAUGACAUCCAUGUCUGGUGCAGAUGAUGCAGUUUAUUCUGAGUACAAAAAGGCAAAUAAGCAUCCUUUGUUUAAGAAAUUCAGAGCAUGAAAAUUUUUGAUUGUAGAUAUAUAUAUAUAUAUAUAUGUAAAAAUACUUCACUCUCGUUAUUAUUUUUCUAUUUAUUUAAGAAGUAACUUUUAUAUGCAUAAUUCUCAGUUCAUACAAAAUAUCAGUCCUACACUUUUAACUUGGUAGUACAACCAACAAUUUGUACAUACCGGGUACCGUUUAUAUCACAUGUUUAUACUUUUGCUUAUUGAAUUUAUAAGAACCUAUUGAUCGGUUAUAUCAAGAAAUGCGAUAAACAUAUUUCUGAUAAAUUUGUUAGUUUAAAGCGAUAACGAUUCGUAUAUCUACAGUACACUCAAUAUCAUACUUAUUCGGAGAUAGUCUGUUGAGGAGUUGCAGAAUAAUUUUGUAAAUAAUUGUUUAGGAAAUAAAUAUCUAUUAUUUAUCGUUCUA